UCAGUCUUGAAGGAGAUCGUGCUUAUUUAUUUUCUGCGGGUAAUUACUAUUGAUAUGCACGUAAAAGAAUAAUAGUAUUGUGAACUUAGUUUGGUAAAAAAUAUCGGUUUUAGUGGAAAAGUUUCAGCAAAAAAAUCACUAAAAAAUGCUGAAAAAACUUUCAAUCAUCCUGAUAUUUUUCGCUGUGGUCACCCAGCAACAGCAGCAAGAGCGAAACCUCAUAGAUGGCAUCAUCAACUUGCUGGAGACAGGCAACCGGCAAUACAACGUCUUCGAGCCACGUGACAUGCCGACGAACCAAUUGCGAGCGAGCUACGAUUUCAUCGUGGUAGGCGCUGGUACGGCGGGUUGCGUUCUCGCCAACAGGUUAUCGGAAAACCCCGAUUGGAAUGUGCUUUUAAUUGAAGCCGGAAAUAGUGAAAACUACAUGUUUGACAUGCCUAUUCUCGCCAAUUACCUGCAAUUCAUAGAAACCAACUGGAAAUACAAAACUGAACCUAGCAAGAAAUUUUGUAUGGGUAUGGACAACGGCCAAUGUAACUGGCCUAGAGGCAAAGUCAUAGGCGGCUCGUCAGUUUUGAACUACAUGAUCUACACCAGAGGCAACCGCAGAGACUACGACCAUUGGAGCGCUAUGGGUAAUUCCGGAUGGUCGUUCGAGGACGUCCUGCCUUAUUUCAAGAAAGUGGAGAAUUUCAGCAUCCCGGCUUAUCAGGAUUCCCCGUAUCACAGCCAGGAAGGCCACUUGGGGGUUAGUUACGCUCCCUUCAAGACUAAAAUAGCCGAUGCCAUUAUCGAAGCUAGUCAGCAGAAUGGGUUCGAUUACGUGGAUUAUAACGGUGCUAAACAAGUGGGCGUCUCCAGGCUGCAAGUCUCCCUAAGAGAUGGUGUCCGUGAAAGCUCUAGCAGAGCCUAUCUACACCCAAUAAGAGAUCGCCCGAACCUGCACGUGAAAAAACAGGCGAUGGUGUCGAAAAUCCUGAUCGACCCGAACACGAAGCAGACCGUUGGCGUUGAAUUUGUACGAGAUAACGUGCCGUAUCGAGUGAAAGCUUCGAAGGAAGUCAUUUUGAGUGGAGGUGCAAUCAACUCGCCGCAACUGCUGAUGCUGUCGGGGGUGGGCCCGAAAAAGCACCUGACGAAAAUGGGCUUGCCCGUGAUAAGUAACCUGAAGGUGGGACACAACCUGAUGGACCACAUAGCUCUGGGUGGUUUGACGUUUAUCGUCAACAACACUUUCAAAUCCCUGAGGACGGAUAAAAUUAUCACCACCGAGAAUCUAAAGUUGUACUUUAACGAGCACAAAGGACCCAUGACGAUACCAGGCGGUUGCGAGGUGCUGAUAUUUCAAGACUUGGAAAACCCCACGGACAAAGACGGUUACCCAGACAUAGAGAUUCUCUUCCAAGGCGGUUCGAUAGUAUCCGAUCCGGUGCUUAGAAAAGAUUUCGGCAUCACAGAUGAAAUCUACGACGCCGUCUACAAGCCCAUCCAAGACGAGGAAACCUUCAUGGCGUUCCCCAUGCUACUCCGGCCCAAAAGCCGCGGGAGAAUCAUGCUGAAGAGCCCGUCGUACCAACACAAACCCUACAUAUUCCCCAACUACUUCGCCGAACAAGACGAUAUAGACACAAUUAUCAAAGGCGUGCGCCUUAUACUCAACAUAACCUCACAACCGGCGCUGCAGAAGAUAGGCGCCAAACUUCACGCGAUACCGAUCCCGCAAUGCGCACACUUGGGCUUCGGUACCGACCCGUAUUUCGAAUGCAUGGCCAGGCACUUCACCUUCACCAUCUACCAUCAAAGCGGCACCUGCAAGAUGGGUCCGAGAUCGGACAAAAGGGCCGUGGUCGACCCCCGACUGAGGGUCUACGGGGUCAAGGGGCUCAGGGUCGUCGAUGCCUCGGUGAUCCCCGAAAUUCCGGCAGCCCACACGAACGCCCCCACCUUCAUGAUUGCAGAGAAAGGCUCCGACAUGAUCAAACAGGAUUGGGGCUACAUGCAAUAACUUAUUGGUGGUGAUGUUUUUCUGUGAUAAUAUGUUAUGUUUUUGUAUUAUUAUUAUUAGCUAAACUAGUUUGUAAGGUAACAUAUUUGCCAUGUAUUAACAGUGUCAUUUAACAUAGGUAUGUAUUGUUUUAGGUUAAAUGUGGAUAAAAUGUUUUGUCUUCUUUUGUCUGUGUUCCCUGAUUGUUUAUAAUAUAAUUCAUUAUAACGU